UAGACCAUUAUGACGUUACAUCAGAUGCGUAGUUGCAGAAAUAUGAAGGAACGUCUUGCUUUUCAUUGUUCUUGAUUUCAUAGAAUGAAUCAAGUCACUUGAGAGGAACUUAUGGGAUAAAAAAAAAUAUGUCAGUGAGGGAUUCUGCCACUCCCCGUGAAUUCCUAAGAUUGGCAGAUACCUUGGUUGACAAAGGAUAUCGUCUUGGACCGAAAAUCGGAGAAGGAACAUAUGCAAAAGUUCGUGUUUGUGAAAGAAGUACAGAUGGUAAAAUAAUGGCGGUAAAGAUUGUCAACUUAAAGAUAGCAUCUCCAGAUUACAUAAACAAAUUCUUGCCUAGAGAGCUCAGCGUAUUACAGAGGAUGAAUCAUAAGAAUAUAAUAAAUACGCAUGAAGUUAUUCGCAACGACGAUUUGUUGUUCAUGAUAACUGAUUAUGCUGAACGUGGGGAUCUUUUAUGUCAUAUCCGAGAUCAUGGACCAAUUCCUGACGACGAUGCAAAAAGAAUGUUCACGCAAAUAGUUGAGGCAGUGCUAUAUUUACACGGUGACAUGAAUAUUGCUCACCGAGAUCUUAAGUGUGAAAACAUUCUGAUAAUGAGAGACAGAUCUGUUGUUCUCAGUGACUUUGGAUUUGCCAGACCUUUGGAUCAAAAUGAUCCGCUAAAAGGGAAAGACCUUAGUAAGACAUUUUGUGGAAGUCCUUCAUACUGUUCACCAGAAGUUUUGCGUGGGGUUCCAUAUGAUCCAAAAAUGAAUGAUGUUUGGAGUCUUGGUGUUCUUUUGUAUGUAAUGGUUACCUCAGCCAUGCCUUUUGAUGAUAGUAAUGUGAGAAAGAUGGUUAAUAAGCAAGUCUGUGGGGAAAUAAAAUUCCCUCCGCGAGUGGAAAGCAGGAUUCAUUCUGAUUGUAAAAGACUUAUAUCACAGAUGAUAGAACCUCAUGCAUGUAAAAGACCGACUGUAGAUUGUAUAUUAAAGUCAGAGUGGAUUUUAUCUAAUAGUAAAUAGAUUAUGACUUUUAACCAGUUUUGAUAACAAGUUUUAUGGUUUAUUAACAAAAGGAGCGAAUAUUUUAACCCGAGGUUUUAAUUCACUUCGCAUAUUUUAAUGAUAACUUCGAUUUUGAAAAAUUGAUUUAACUUGAGACGGAAGCUUGAAAUGUAUAAAUGCAUUAAAUGUGCACACGAAUUGUAUUUGACUGUAUAAUUGAUGUUCAAAUGUAACUGUUAAAUUA